AUGCUGAGCGUUCAGCCGGCAGAGCACAUGAUGAUCUCUGUGAUCAUGCCCUGUCGCAAUGGAAUGCCUUUCCUUCCUUGGGCUGUAGAUGACCUGGCUUCCAGCAGCGUUGCGUUGGAAGUCCUAAUCUGUGACGACGGCAGCCGCGACGGUUCCACUGAGUGGCUGGAAACCUUGCAGUCACGGGUGGAAAACCAGGUAUCGGCACCAACGACACCAGAGCGAUCACAUGCUGCACUUGAAACGCCAACAUCAGACUCGCCCUGGGUUCGCCAGGAGCCGUGGAUUGGAGAGGACUCCAAUCCGGUGCCAAAUCCAGAGGAGAUAGCACAGAAGAUGCGAUCUCGUGGGCAUCGCUUUGUCUUGCUGAAAAGUGAUGGUCGAGGACAAGGUGCUGCACAGAAUGCCUGCCUUCAGGCUUCCUCAUCUUCGCUCAUAGGUCUCAUGGACGCGGACGAUCGAGGAGAAGCUGAUCGCUUCGAGAAACUGUUGGAUGCAAUGAAGGAACAUCCAGAUUGGACAGCCGUGUGCAGUCAAGUGCGGAUUUUUGGAACAGUCUCCGAGGGCAUGAACACUUAUGUCAACUGGCAGAAUGGGCUUCUUCAACCUGAGGAGCUGAUGCAGAACCGUUUCGUGGAGAUUCCCGCGCUGCAUCAGUCGGGGUUGUAUCCAAGGUCUCUGCUGUUGGAAACUCUGAAUGGCUAUCGAGACCUUCCCGGAUGGCCGAUCGAUAUCGAUACGUGGAUGCGCCUCGCAGAGGCUGGUGCUCGCAUUGGCAAGGUGCCUCAGCAACUCUACGGAUGGCGGCAACAUACCCUGCAAAGUACGAGGAACCACGGUCGAUGUGGCCUUGAUCGCCUGCGGAACUGCAAGGCGCACUUCUUGUCGCGGACCUUGCCCCCACAGGUUCGGCGGGUGGAGAUUUGGAGUACGGGUAGGACCUUGCACGGUUGGAAGGAAGCUUUGCAGUGCCAGCUUGCUGAGAAGGACCAAAAGCUGGAGUUGGCUCUCUUCAACUGGCAGCCGAAGGGCCGGAGCCGGGGUGGAGCACAGAGGAAGGAGGGAGGCGGCGGUGCUGCUGCCAAUGCCACUGUAAAAACAGAAGCCGAGAUGGAGGCAGAGAGUGAGCAGAACGUGAAUGGAAAUUCAGGCUAUCCCAAAGAAGACAGAGAGGAGGAGAUGUUCGUCGAAGUCACGCAAGCAUCAUCCCCACCACCCCCGUUACCAGAGUCUGAAGACUUGGUUGUGCGGGUUUUCGCUUACGGCAGCCACAAGGUCCGGGACAUGGCUAGGUCUUCCAGCGCCGCCGGCGGCGGUUCUCGCUGGGGAUGCCGCGAUUGGCCCGCGGCGUAGAGAUGGCGUAGCGGCG